UCGAUCCUCUCUGCUCUGUGUUCACUUCCGUCAGAAAGAUGAAAUCGGACCAUAAUGAAGUUUUUUACAGCUUCUGGUUGAAAUAAACGGUGUAGUUUUGGCGAUUGUUUGAAGAAAAUGUGCUUUUCCAUUCGGGGUUCAGAGGGUCAAAUAGAAAAUGUUGUGAAGACGUGUUUGUUCUUCCAGGACCUGAAGUUUCCUCCUCGGGGGAUGGAGGGCCAGACCAACCCGGCCUCCUGGCCCUGGUUCCAGCUGAUGAACGACGCUCUGGAGGGACGUCUGGCGGGGAAAGCUCCCCGAGUGGCGCCCGUGUGGAGCAGCGAGGAGGACGGCGUCUUCGUGUCGUCUCCUCCCCCUGACAGAGACUGUCUGAUGACGGAGAGGAGCGGCGUGUCGGAGCUGGAGAACACGGUGGGCGUCGACGCCGCCGAGUCGGACGGGAACGUGACCUACAUCGACGCCAGUGGAGAGGAGUGUUCCACGCCCUCGGACCUGUCCUAUAAAACCGUCUGCUGUCCGUCUCCCACAGUGACGGACCAGGACACCAGGAGGAUGAUCCAACUCAGAGCUGCUAACGAGGCUCUGUUCACCGGGAGGAGGAACGCUGCCAAAGCUGCCUGGAAAGCCAUCCUGAAGGAGCUCGGGCUGCAGGGGAAAGUCUCCACCUACCAGAUGGCAAAGAAAUGGGACAAUCUGAAGAGGAGAUACAAGGACCUGAAGUAUCCUCCUGUUGGUAUGGAGAACGUAGCAGACAGCACCUCCUCCUGGCCGUGGUUCCAGCUGAUGAAUGAAGCGAUGGAGGGCCGCCUGACGGCCAGCGCCCCCCUCCUUGCCCCUGUCAUCCAUGAUGACGACCACCCCUCCCCCGCCCCCAGACACAGGUCCCACCCUCCCCCUCCUCCCCCCACCUCCUCCUCAGACUACGUACAGGAGGCGUUCGGCGACUCCGGCGGCAGCGAGCAGAACCAGCGUGACUCUGAGGUGUGCGAGGGCCCACUGGGAGGACUGGAGAGGGAGUGGGAGGUGGUGGAGAGAGACCGAGCGGCGGUGGAGAGAGAGAGGGAGAUGGUGGAGAGAGACCGAGCGGCGGUGGAGAGAGAGAGGGCGGCGGUGCAGGCGGAGCGGCUGUGGUUAGAGAGGGAGAGGGCGGCGGUGGAGAGAGACCGAGCCAUGGUGGAGCAGGAGAGGGCCUCGCUGGGCCGGGACCGGGAGGUGCUGGACCAGAGAGCCCUGAUGCUGAACUCUGUGGGUCACUCCGGACACCUCAACGCCCUCAUGUAGACCCGCGUGGACCGUCCUCCCGUACAGACAUCCUGGUCCGUGGUGGACUACGGGACUACAGAGGAGGAGGUGUGGACCUGGACGUGGUCUGUCUCCAUACAGAGCUGGUCCUGGUUUUCAACAGGAGAGCUGCACAGUGAACUGAAGACCUGGUCCUGGUUUAAGGUAGGAUGUGGACUUGUUGUCUUUUAACAAUCUGGAUGCAGAUCCCUUAGUUUCUUUAAAGUGGAACCUCUUUACAGCUGAACUAUCAACACACGGAUACGGACGGAUCUGAACUAAUAUCGCUGGCUGACUACUCGGUCCGGUUCUAGUCUGGACCUCCUGAGCUCCUCACGUAGACGUGGUUUUAAUCAGAGGAGGUUUGAGUAGCUCCUCCCACUCCAGGUUGGUGUUGGCAGGGCUCCUUCUGAGGCGGAGGAGGCGGAGCUUGUUCAUCCUGAACUUUAGUAUUUCACACGUUCAUGACAAAAGACCGAAAAAAAUCCACCACCCUACGUAGACUGACCUGGGGGCGUAGACCACCACCAUACGUAGACUAAGCUGGGACAUUGAGCACCACCGUACGUAGACUAAGCUGGGACAUUGAGCACCACCAUACGUAGACUAAGCUGGGACAUUGAGCACCACCGUACGUAGACUAAACUGGGACAUUGAGCACCACCGUACGUAGACUAAGCUGGGACAUUGAGCACCACCGUACGUAGACUAAGCUGGGACAUUGAGCACCACCGUACGUAGACUAAGCUGGGACAUUGAGCACCACCGUACGUAGAUUAAACUGGGACAUUGAGCACCACCGUACGGAGACUAAACUGGGACAUUGAGCACCACCGUACGUAGACUAAGCUGGGGCAUAGACCACUUUGGACGUGGAGCCUAAACAAAGGAGGAGGAACCAGAUCAUAAACAAACUCUGAUGUGCAUUCAAGUGUUUCUUUUUGGGCUCCUCCCAGUUUUUUGUAUUUAUUUACAAGAAGUUCUUUUUCUAUUGUUUUUAUUUAAGAGGUGACGGCAGACCGAGCUUCGUUUGGUCCUCUCGUGAUGUCACUUCCUGCUCUUCUGAAUGUUGGACAGAUAAAGAAUUUCCGUCUGAGAUUUUAAAUUUUUCCUCCAAACAAAGACUGAAGUGAACUUUUCUCUUUCUCUCGUUUGUACGACAUGAGAUUAAAACGUUUCAUUAUCAA